ACCGCUGUGUUCACGCGGCUGCUAGUACAUCUCGCGGUAACCUCCAUACAGAGUAGCGUUAGCUUGUAAGCUAACAUCAUCGUUUACAGGUUUCGUGUCGGCCUGAAAACAUCACUCCAGAAAGACACAGAAACGCAUAUAAAUAUCCAACCUUUUAACUGCUGCAAAGAGGAAUAAGAGGAUGCCACACAAUUUCCAACCCGGAGAUCUGGUCUUCGCUAAAAUGAAGGGGUACCCCCAUUGGCCAGCCAGGAUUGAAGAUGUGGCAGAUGGUGCAGUAAAACCACCACCAAAUAAAAUUCCCAUAUUCUUCUUUGGUACACAUGAAACUGCCUUCCUUGCAGCGAAGGAUCUUUUUGCAUAUGAAAAGUGCAAAGAGCGCUAUGGGAAGCCAAAUAAAAGGAAAGGAUUCAAUGAAGGCUUAUGGGAAAUCCAGAACAAUCCACAUGCCUCCUACAGUGCCCCACCUGCACCAGCUAGCUCGUCUGACAGUGAAGGCAACGAUGGAGGUGGGGGAGGAGGAGGAGGUGGUGGUGGUGGAGGAAGUGAUGAUGAAGAAGACGAGGAUGAAGAUAAAGAAGUAGCGGUUCCCCAGAAAGUGGAGUCAGGGAGCGAAGUGGACUCUGACUCUGGAAGUGAAGACAGGGGGAGGCAAGCUCCUGCUGUGAAGAGAAAGCCUCCUGUCGCUAAGCGCCCCCCACCUUCAAAAAAGGCCCGGGGUUCGUCCAGCGACCAGGACGUGGCGGAGGAGAGUGGAUCCCCCUCGGAGCCCGAGCCCUCCCCUUCAGACUCCGAAUCUGGGAAGAACAGUGACCAGGACUUUACACCAGAAAAGAAAACGGCUGGACGGGUAGGAAAGAAAGCUGCUCCUGGUCGAGGGAAAAAGAAGAAGGCCUCAUCUAACUCGGACUCAGACUCAGGGUCUCAGUCGGAGAAGAAGGAGGUUAACAGCGAGUCGGAAGAUGACAAGCCCCGGCCUGCCGUGUCUGGGUCGGAGUCCCAGUCUGGCUCCAAGUCUGACUCAGACUCCGAUCCUCCCCCGAAGAAGGGACCCCAGAGCCGCAAGAAAGCAGCAGACAAGCCCCCAGCUAAGCCCCGGGCCAGGAAGCCCAAAGCCAAACCCACGCCAGCAAAGCGAGCGCCUACGUCGUCUGACGACAGCGACAGCGACAGCGAGCCGGACCGCAUCAGCGAGUGGAAGAAGCGGGACGAGGAGCGCCGGCGGGAGCUUGAGGAGCGCCGGAAGAAGGAGGAAGCGGAGGAGCUCCGCCGGAUCCGCGAGCGGGAGAAGGAGGAGGACGAGCAGAGGAAGAAGGAGAAGAGCAGCAAGAAGGCGAGCGAGAGCGGCAGCAGCUCGGACGAGGGCGUGGACGACAGCCCGCUGAAGAAGUCCAAGAAGCCCCCGCCGCCCCCCAUCCCUGCGCCCUCCGACUCGGACUCGCCCGGCCCGGCAGAGGUGAAAAAGUCUGCCAAGCGGUCAGAAAGCCAGAAGAAGUCCAAGGCUAAGAAGGACGGCAAAGAGAGGAAAGAGAAGGAGGUAAAGGAGAAGAAACCUCAGCGGUCAGAAGAGAAGUCCAGGGCAAGGGCCAAGCCAGAAAAACCCAGACGCAAACCAGAGAGGCCUCCAGAGAAGAAAGUAGAGAAGAAAAAAGAGCCAACACCAGAAGAAAAGCUACAGAAACUGCACACAGAUAUCAAGUUUGCACUCAAAGUUGACAACCCAGACAUAGAGCGGUGUCUACAGGCCUUGGUAGAGCUUGAAGAGGUGCCAGUCACCAGCCAAAUCCUGCAUAAGAAUGCCGAUGUUAUCGCAACACUUAAAAAGAUCCGCCGUUACAAAGCAAGCAAUGCAGUAAUGGAAAAGGCCAGUGAGGUCUACAACAAAUUAAAACUCCGGUUUGUGGUGAAGGGAGAGUUGCCAACCAAACCUAAGUCAGAUGACAAGGAGUCACAGGAUAAUGGGAAAGGCUCACAAAACACAGACUCCACUCCGAUGAAUGGGGAAUCUGAACAAAAGCAGCAGGAGGAGGAUGUUGAGGAGGAGAAACCAAAGUCCCUCACCCAGGAGGAGAAUGACCAGCACACGACAUCCAGCCCCAAAAGGUCUAGCCCUGACAGCCCCAUGGAGCAAGAGUUGAACGCACAUGAUGAGUCGGACCCAGUAGUACCCGCAGAGACAGAAGCGUCUGCUGUGGAGAGCUGAAGGAGGAAGGCUCCCAUGGACCAAGUGCUUAAAGAUUGUAGCCUUUUUUUAGUUUGACGUCACUAGGUUCCCCUUGGCCAACAUCGCAUUGUAACACAUGCCCCAGCAUUUCCUACCUGUCGAGCUGCUCUUGACGUCUGGGGACAUUUUUGUACUUAAAUAUGUCAACGAUUAGAAGGUUCUCCUGCUCUCACACCUAGGUUCGUUGUUCACCACAGCAAAGACAAAUGCUCACUAGGGUGUAAAAAUGUUGUGGCAGUUGUGCAAAAUCCUCCCGUUUCUGAAACUUUUUAUUUACUUUCUACAACACGCAGCCCGUCCCGGAUCAUUACUCUUCCUGUUUCAUGUUUGCUUGCUUUUUCUCGUGUGUGUGUGUGUGUGUGUGUGUGUGUGUGUGUGUGUGUGUGUGUGUGUGUGUGUGUGUGUGUGUGUGUGUGUGUGUGUGUGUGUGUGUGUGUGUGUGUGUGUGUGUGUGUGUGUGUCACACACGUCUGGGAAUUGGCUAACGUUGACUUUGUCUUAGUUUGGUAUAGGAUUGUCUGCUUCUAGACAACCAUUGACAUUGAUGCCAAUUUUAUAAAGUCAACAGAGUAUCACUUAAAGACUUAUUGUUUAAUGUGUAUUUGGAACAUUGAGAGUGAUACAUUUAUAUUUCUGUGAGUCUGUUAUUCUCUACACUUUUUUAAUGAUCUGCUCUUGCUUCUUGUUAAAGCGGCCAGAAAUAAUUAAUAGACGAGUCAUAUCCACAAAUUUCCAACUGUUGUCCACCUUCUUUUUUAUAACCAUGUUUUCAGAUAUUUGCGUAUAUAUUUUUGACCUAACCAAUGAAUGCUGUGGAAAUACACACCUGUGACUUCCCUUGGUGUCUGUAAUUUGCAUAAUAUAUGGGAUACCUGUGUACAUAAUAACCUUAACCUUAUUCGCAAUUUGUGAAAAGACACUCUUAUCCCAUGUAGCUGCAUCCUAUUUUGGCAUUUACCUGUGAUACGCAUAAAGCUGAAGUGUUUUUAGUGCUAUGUAAAUUGGUAAACAUUUGUAUCAUUUAGUUGAGACUGAAUAAAACUCUCAGCAUGG